AGUACAGGAAGACGGGCUGAAGUGAGGUGGGGAUGAGAAAUCAUCAUUUAGCUUCCUGCUAGCUGCCUGUAGCCGACUGUUGAAGUGUAAUGAGCUUAGUAGCCAAAUUUAGUGUACUGUUUUAGUUUUUGUAGGAGAAACGAUGAGCCCUUGAAAACAAGAAUGGACAUAAGUUAACGAUGACGGGGGAGAAAAAGAAGAAGAAGCGGCUGAACCGCAGCAUUCUUCUUGCAAAGAAAAUUAUAAUAAAAGAUGGAGGAAGUCCUCAGGGAAUCGGUGAGCCCAGUGUUUACCAUGCCGUGGUGGUCAUCUUCUUGGAGUUUUUUGCAUGGGGUCUCCUCACCACCCCGAUGCUCACGGUAUUACAUCAGACAUUCCCCCAACACACAUUCCUGAUGAAUGGACUUAUUCACGGUGUGAAGGGUCUUUUAUCAUUUCUGAGUGCUCCUCUGAUUGGAGCGUUGUCAGAUGUAUGGGGACGCAAAUCCUUCUUGCUGCUAACAGUCUUCUUCACGUGUGCACCAAUUCCUCUGUUGAAGAUCAGUCCAUGGUGGUACUUUGCAGUCAUCUCCAUGUCCGGUGUUUUUGCCGUCACCUUCUCUGUGAUCUUUGCGUACGUGGCAGACAUCACGCAGGAGCAUGAACGGAGCACGGCGUAUGGUUUGGUAUCAGCCACCUUCGCAGCUAGCCUCGUCACCAGUCCGGCCAUCGGAGCCUAUCUGUCUGAGGCGUACGGCGACACGCUGGUGGUGAUUUUAGCCACGGCCAUCGCUCUCCUCGACAUCUGCUUCAUCCUGGUGGCGGUGCCCGAGUCGCUGCCCGAGAAAAUGAGGCCAGCAUCGUGGGGAGCUCCAAUCUCAUGGGAACAGGCAGACCCCUUUGCAUCCCUGCGUAAAGUAGGCCAGGACUCGACGGUGCUCCUCAUCUGUAUCACAGUGUUUCUCUCCUACCUCCCCGAAGCCGGACAGUACUCCAGCUUCUUCCUUUAUCUCAAACAGGUUAUACGCUUCACCUCAGAGACGGUGGCUGCCUUUAUAGCAGUAGUAGGAAUCCUCUCAAUAUUAGCACAGACGGUCGUGUUGGGUAUCCUGAUGCGUUCGAUAGGGAAUAAAAACACAAUCCUGCUCGGCCUCGGCUUCCAGAUUCUCCAGCUGGCCUGGUACGGCUUUGGCUCUCAACCCUGGAUGAUGUGGGCAGCUGGAGCCGUGGCAGCCAUGUCCACCAUCACCUUCCCUGCCAUCAGCGCCAUCGUGUCCCGAAAUGCAGAUCCUGACCAGCAAGGUGUCGUCCAGGGGAUGAUCACUGGUAUUCGAGGGCUCUGUAACGGUUUGGGUCCUGCCCUUUAUGGCUUCGUCUUUUAUUUGUUCCACGUGGAACUUACUGACACGGACGGCUCUGACAAAGGUGCCAAACCCAACAUGGCCAAUCCCACUGAUGAGAGUGCCAUCAUCCCAGGACCUCCUUUUCUGUUCGGUGCGUGCUCAGUGCUGCUGUCUCUGCUGGUGGCCCUGUUCAUCCCUGAGCACACCGGGCCCGGCUUGAGGCCCAGCGCCUAUAAGAAGCACAGCAACGGGGCGCAGAGUCACUCCCACAGCCCCCAGGGCAGCGGGGCCGAAGGCAAGGAGCCGCUGCUGGAGGACAGCAGCGUAUAACCUCAGUCAAAGGGGGCCGACUCCCUCACUUUUACCCCAAAUAGACCCUCCGUACACGGACAGACGCACACAUUUUAUCACACGGACUCGCCUCAGGCACACGUUUAACUGAAGCGUCAUGAAGAAGAGUCGGUGAUUGUGUGUUUGUGUCCACAGCACAAAUGCGGGUGCUUCAUCCUUUGCAGCUGUUUUCUUUCUAAAAACAGGGUUUUGUGAGAACUUUCUAAAGAUCCUGUCAGAAAGAAGCUGAAUUUAGUUUUUUCUUCCUCUCUUUUUAAGGCUGCAGUUAAAAGGUUUGUGUGCGAGAGACACAGCUCAGUUGGACUCCUGUUUUUGGUGGAAAAACCCAACAGCUUGGCCCAACCCACUGGUACAAAACAAGCAGUUUUUGGUUCGUUCGGAGUGGGUUUAUCUCAAAUGUUACUAAAUACCCGUGUGAGUCUUGAUAUUUGCUCUUACAGUAGUGACGUGGCGACUUUGUUCAGCCGACAGUUGAGCGCCCCUCGUGUCUCUCCGUCACACUGUUCUGAAGCCUGUCGCAGCGUCCAGGAAAGAGAACACCGUUCUUCCUCUGUGGCGAGAAAGCACGGCGACUUUAAACCGUGAGGAGCUUCGAAGAGCCGCUGCCUAAUCUUAUCCACGCAGGUCAAAGAGUUCAGAAACAAUAAGCUUUGUUAGGACCACAGUUGGUUUAAAUAUCACACUUCUUGCAGGGAGAAGUGCCGGAACGAGACCACUUUAUCAGCUGAACAGGUUUUUGUUUUGUUUGGUUUUUUCUCAAUGUUUACUUGCAUUUCUUUAGAUUUGUAGUACAGUUUGGGUUGUAUAUUUUUUCUCUGUUCAAACUGAAAGCUAGUUGUGCUUCAAGUUUUUAAUUCAAGAAACAAAUGUUGCCUUGAAGUGACUUAACCAUGAAAAUAUAGAGACACUGCAAAACCUGUAUGAAGACCGAGGUCUGAGGAGGCUCUGUAAUCUUUACCCUAUUGCUCCCAUCGGAGCUGUUAAGACACUUUUUAUUCUUUUGUAAUGGUGCCCUUCCUGUUUCUUUGUUUCCUGACAUUUAUCACCAUCGGGCUUAUUGAACCACGGUUUUAUUUUUAUUUUUUUAAAAGCCUCCGGAGCAUUUGGAGCUGGAGCCUUGUUAUCAGCCUGCCAGUGUCGACGCUGACCCUUAAUAAGUCGUUGAGUUAUCAUCAUUAGGUCCAAGCCCGCUGCAAAAGACAAUUCAAAGGAUAAGUGUCAUGAAAUGCAGGGUUUCCCUGAUAGCAGACGGCUGAACAGGCACAUUUCUCAAUAACCACAUGUAGCAACUAAUUGACCUUUAUAAUAUCUUGUAUUUACAGUUGGGAGUGCGUAACGUUUUUGGGAAUCAUUUUGGCAGAAAUGUAAUCAUCAGAACCAGAUUUAGUUUAGAGUCUUGUGGAAGUGACCAACAUCAUUAUUAGAGUAGAAACGUCAUUUUAAAUACAGAUGUGUUAUCUCCUCCGUGUUUACCUCUGUGGGAAUAUUAGCCCCAAAUACACUGACCAAACAUUUAUCUUUAAUGCAGUUUUGUAUGGGUUUUUUUUUUUAAGGUUCAGUUGGUUUCAGUGUGUAGCUUUGCUUCAAGCUGUCAGCAGAGAUUCAGUUUAUAUUCUUUUUUAAAAUUUGAUUAGUAAAUCUGUUUAAGCAAACUGAUUUUCAAAGAAAAGCUGUCUUUAGGAUCAGUUUGAACAGGGUGGUACCACAGUUGUUUUCGGAUGACGUCAUCUUUCAGUUUUAACUACCUGCCUUGUUGAAGAACCUCCUGAACAAUUUUAGUUUUUGUUUUAUCAGACCCCCUGUCAGAGUUUAUGGUGGUAUUUGACUGAGCAUGGUACUGUUGGGGGGGGACUAGUUGCUGGCUCAAGUUGACAACCCUGCAAAAGUUGCGAAACAUUUGAGAGACUCCACAACGUAGCCAGCCAAUUGCAGGCCGGAGAGAGACCACCUUCAGCGUCACUGUGGUUGGAUUUUCUUUGUAGUGCGUUUUGUUUUUUCCUAACUUCAUAAAGAGUUUCCCUGCUGCGGCUCCUUAACCGCCCCGGUUUCCAAUAUGGUUAACAAGAAACGAUGCUUGGAAAAAGACCAUAGGAAGUAAUUGUAUUUUGCACCUGCUCCAGUAAGCUGUCGCUGUGAGACCUGAAGCUGCAGCAGCUUAGAUGAUGUUGAAAGUUAAAGGCAAGAAAAGAAAAGCCAGCUUUACUGUCUUUUUUUUUGUCCUUUUUGUAUGUUUGUGUUAUUCCACUGUUUUUAAGGGUCUUAUAUUUUCAACAAUAAACUCAGAUGUUCCUUUUCUUUUGCAUUUAUCAGAAACUCCCAGUUAUAAAUGUGAGCAUUUAUAGACAUUUAGUUUACCGUCAACUUUAAAACUUUCAAUUAGAGAAAAUGUAAAAACCUGAUUUGGACACGUUUACAACAUCCCAUCAGUAAAAUAUCACGGUUUGGUAUUUUUGUUGCCUGUAGAUGGCACACCUCUCUGUCUGCAGCACUUGAUGCUUUAUUUGUUUGUUUGUUUUUUGCCAGCAGUUUUUUUAACUUUAGGUUAAUUAAUUAAUUUAAUGCCUCUCCUUUCAAACUGCAGCUUUGAGGCUGUUUCUGAACUAAAAGGUGUCAGAUUGUGUGCCAAAAUGAUUUGCGCUGAUUUUUCUUUCUUUUUUGUUUUGUGGUUGGUUUUUGUUUUCUCUGGUCUUAAUUUAAGUUUUAUUGCUUUCUCUUUUUUUAACAGUCUUCUUUUAAUGAUAGGAUAUCUCCCAUUUGCCUGUUUUCAACAAACAUUUCAAUGUUUUUUUUUUUUUUUUUUGCUGUGUUUGUGUGUGCGUGUAUCUUUGUAACAAUCUGAAUGUUUCACACCAAACUGUACGCGUUGACCCUCAUCUGACAAUUUGUUUUUAUUCUUUCAGAGGGGGGCGUUGUCACACAGUUUGAUUUAAUUUGAUAGUCCUUUUGUUUAUUUGCUAAAAUAACUCGUAAAAUCUGCCCCAUAUGAACUGGUAGGAUUCUGCACCAGCCCCGCCACGUGCACUCAGAUGACUGUAAAUGUACAAAAAUCACCUGUACGUACAGUAAAUGUAUAUAUUUAUCGCUCAAGGAGAUGGCCACCUCUCUCUCUCUCGUCUUAUUUGGUUGUUCGGUGCAGUUCUAUAUUUCUCAAGAGUUACCUGCUAGCCACUCUUUAUUUUUUAGUACAAUGUGGUUUGUGGCCUGAACCCCCUUUUUCUCGGUGUGCCUAAAAUUAGCCAAGAAAUAUGUAUGGCAACGUAAAGUAAACCGUGGUUAUGUAAAUACAGGAAACUAAUGAUGAACUAUUUAUUAAAGGUUUAUUGUACAAUGAA